CAUUUGGGGGAUAUCUGUACUGUCCUGACAUUUGGGGGAUAUCUGUACCGUCCUGACAUUUGGGGAUAUCUGUACUGUUCUGACAUUUGGGGGAUAUCUGUACUGUCCUGACAUUUGGGGGAUAUCUGUACUGUCCUGACAUUUGGGGGAUAUCUGUACCGUUCUGACAUUUGGGGGA